UCGCAUUUAUUUCAAACUUCUGCUCCAGGAGAGGAGAACAACAGACACUUUCACUGCAGCUCUGCCUGCCUGACCAAAUGGAUCUAUUGUAACGUUUCUUUCAAAUUCAUUCUAGUGUUUGACCCCUAAGAUUUUAUUUUUUUUGCUUUUUCUUCAAACUCCUUUGCAACUUUUAUUGAUAUUCUGCAACUUUAUUAAACUUGGAUGUGAGUAGGAAGAAGUCUCUGUUUUCAGCUUCAAGGUAAAACUUGCAUCUAAGUUUUUUAAAGAACUUGUGGGAUCAAGCGAAGCUGUAAGUGACUUUUUAAAAUAUAUACAUAAUGAAGAUGUCCCCUUUAGGGAGUUUUGUUAUUGCCUUGGUCAUGCUGGGGGUAUUAGCUGCUUUUCCCAGGGUGCAAAGUGCUUCUUGUGAGCCGGUCAGGAUUCCCAUGUGCAAGACCAUGCCCUGGAACAUGACCAAAAUGCCCAACCACCUUCAUCACAGCACCCAGGCUAAUGCUAUCUUGGCAAUUGAACAGUUUGAGGGUUUGCUGGAGACAAAAUGCAGUCAGGACCUGCUCUUCUUUCUCUGCGCCAUGUAUGCACCUAUCUGCACCAUCGAUUUCCAGCAUGAACCAAUCAAGCCAUGUAAGUCAGUGUGCGAGAGAGCCCGGACUGGCUGUGAACCAAUACUGAUCAAGUAUCGCCAUAACUGGCCAGAAAGCCUGGCCUGUGAGGAACUACCAGUCUAUGACAGAGGAGUCUGUAUCUCUCCAGAGGCCAUCAUUACAGUGGAGCAAGGACCAGAAUCAAUGCCAGACUUUCCAGUGGACUCAAACAAUGGGAACUGCGGUGGAGCUACCAGUGAGCUCUGCAAAUGUAAGCCUAUGAAAGCCUCACAAAAGACUUACAUGAAGAGCAAUUACAACUAUGUCAUUCGGGCCAAAGUGAAAGAAGUGAAGGUGAAGUGCCAUGACGCCAUUGCAGUGGUAGAAGUGAAAGAGAUUCUCAAGUCUUCCCUGGUGAACAUUCCAAAAGACACCAUCACCCUGUACACAAACUCUGGCUGCCUGUGCCCACAGCUGGUCGUCAAUGAGGAGUAUAUUAUCAUGGGCUAUGAAGACAAAGAGCGUGCCAGACUUCUGCUAGUGGAAGGUUCCUUAGCUGAGAAGUGGAGGGAUCGUCUCGGAAAAAAAGUUAAGCGUUGGGAUCAGAAACUUCGUCGCCCUCGAAAAAGCAAGUCUUCUGUGGCACAAAAUGGCAAUAAAAACAGCAACUCAAGACAAACACAGAGUUAGACUAGCAGGAUGAUGAAUAUAAAACUCUGUGGACUUUUAUACAAAGAUUUGCAUUGGUGGAACAGAAAAGAAGAAAAUUGCACUAUUGCACGUUAUAACCUUUUGUUUACUACAAGAUAUUGUAGUUGAUUUUAGUUGUUUUUUUUUUCUCUUUUAUAUUGCACGGAUUACUAAGCUACUAGUUUUAUUCCACUUUCAAUAAUGUCGAAGUUGUUUGUUUAUCUAAGAAAUUAGCCAGAUGGAUUGUGAAGCGUGGAGAGGAUUUAUGUUAAAAAUGUUCCUGUUUGAGUGUAAUGGCCUUAAUGGGACUCACCUAUGAAAGUUGUCCAAGGGACUGUGUUGCCCAUAGGAACCAGAGGUUUCCUUUCAUGUCAUUCCCUUUCAGAGGAAGUAUACCAGUAGUUGCUAUAGACAACAAAGAUGGUUC